GCUAUUGAAUUGUUCAAGAUGGCACAUAUUCCUCUAAAAAUGUCCAAUCCAAUGCCACAAAAGAAAAUCCAGAGUUAGAAAUAGCUUAAAUGCACCGCUUUCUUCUCCAAAUCUCAUCACACACAUAGAUUAGGUUUCGGAAAAAUGGAAGGAUUCGACGAAGAUGUCUACGUCGGAAACAACGGCGGCGCCGGGGACGACAACGCCAUGCACUACGGCUACGAAGGCGGCGCCCCGCCACCUACACCGCCGCCGAUGGACGGAUUGUCCGGGAACGACAACGACGGCACGGAGGGCUACGGCUUUGGCGGCGCACCACCGACUCCGCCGCCGAUUGAGGGGUACGGCCAGGAGAAACCGUACAACCUCUCUGCCGACGAUGACGGCAUCUUUGCGGAGGCGGACGCCGGCGGCCCGCUGCUGCCGGAUCCCAGCCAGAUGCGCGAGGAGGGAUCCGCCUUUCGCGAGUGGCGCCGUCAAAAUAUGAUUUAUUUGGAAGAGAAAGAGAAGAAGGAAAAGGAGAUGAGGAAUCAGAUCAUUGCCGAAGCUGAUGAAUGGAAACGUAAAUUCUACGAGAAGAGGGAUCAGACGUGCGAGACCAACAAGACUCACAACAGAGAAAGAGAGAAACUAUACUAUGCACAACAAGAGAAAUUUCACAAAGAAGCAGACAACCAGUUCUGGAAAGCGAUAGCGGAUAUCAUACCCCGCGAAGUCCCCAACUUCGAGAAGAGGCGGGGAAAGAAAGACGACGAGAAGAAACCUUCAGUUUUCGUCGUCCAGGGGCCGAAGCCUGGGAAGCCAACUGACAUGGCGAGGAUGCGUCAGAUCCUCGCCAAGCUCAAGACGAACCCUCCGCUUCACAUGAGGCCGCCUCCCCCCAAGGAGGAGGGCAAGGAUGGGAAGUCGGAGGCUAAGAAUAGUGGGAAUGAGAAGAAAGACGGGGCAGCAGAUGAGGCCGCCUCGUCUGCUGCCAAAGCUGCAGCAGCAGAUGGAUCGCCGACCGGCGGAACAUCUGCUACUGAUGGAGGCAAUGAGAAUGUGAAGAAGAAGUGACCGAUUGAUUAAAGGUGUUGAUUCUUUGAUUUUUUUUUUAUUUAGUGUGUGUGACCAUUUAUACAUGAACCAUUUUAGUUUCUAGUGUUACAUAUAAUAAGAGUGGAUACUACUUGAUUUA